AUGCUUUUCGGAAGUCGACGAUCUUCCGCAUCUCGGAAAAACUGAAUUUGGUUGCGGGGUUUUUGCUCUGCUUCUGCUCUCGAUAUCAUCGUCGUCGAUCGGAAUGCUCAACGACGCCGGCGGCGUGUCCAUCUCCGUCUCCGACGACGACCCCGACGAGCACGGCCGGGCGCGGCCCCGCGUCCGGCGGAAGCGCCGGAAGCCCGUCCGCGUCCAGGCGGAGCUCACCCCGCGGCUCGUCCGGUUCCUGGUGAGGUACUGGAUCCUCUUGGUCCUCGUCGCGGCCGCCGGGUUGCUCCUGUUCGAGGCGUCCAGGAUCGGGAGGAAAUCCGGGCCCGGGGAGGCGGAGGCGAAGACGAAGAGGCCGGGCGGCGGCGGAUUCGGCUUGCGAGCCGUCAGGAAGCCGAGCUCGGACGGCAACUUGAAUCGCUUGGAUCCGACGACUCGAGUCGUCGGCGGCGUCAGGAACGUAAGUUGUUUGAAGCUCCUACCUCUUGAAGAACUUCAACAGUUGGAUAUUCCUGUGGCAGAAGCAUCCAGUGGCCCCUUAAAAAAAGUGACAUACUUGUUGGAGAGCUCUCCUUCGGAUUUCUCUCGGCAGCAGGCUGCGCAGACGAGAUUCAAUCUAUUCACCGGAAACCAGACUCUUGAUCAGAGGGAGGAAAGUUUUCAGGUGAAAGACACCGUGAAAGUACAUUGUGGAUUUUACAGUGAUGGUGGGGGGUUUAAGAUUUCUGAAGAGGACCAGACCUACCUGCAAAGUUGCAAGGUUGUGGUGGCUACUUGUGCAUUUGGUGGAGGUGAUGAUCUUUAUCAACCUAUAGGAAUGACUGAGUCAUCAAUUAAAAGGGUUUGCUAUACCGCGUUCUGGGAUGAAAUCACUCUUGCAGCUCAAGAACAGGAGGGGCAUAAAGUUGGUGAGGAUGGAUACAUCGGAAAAUGGCGUGUGGUAGUUGUUAGGAAUCUCCCAUUCAUGGACCAAAGAUUGAAUGGUAAAAUUCCAAAGAUGUUGGGCCACCGUCUCUUUCCCAAUGCAAAGUACUCUAUAUGGGUUGACUCAAAGUCCCAAUUUAGGAGGGAUCCUUUAGGUGUGCUAGAGGCACUACUUUGGCGGUCAAAUUCAGUUCUUGCAAUUUCUGAGCAUGGAGCUCGUAGUAGUGUGUAUGAUGAGGCUAAGGCAGUUGUUAAGAAGAACAAGGCCACUCCAGAAGAAGUCGAGGUGCAGUUGACUCAAUAUCACCGUGAUGGCCUUCCUGAAGAUAAGAGAUUUAAUGGGAAGAAAGCAUUAGCUGAGGCAUCUGUAAUUGUGAGGGAGCAUACACCUUUGACUAAUCUAUUCAUGUGCCUCUGGUUCAAUGAGGUCGUGCGGUUCACAUCAAGGGAUCAGCUAAGCUUCCCAUAUGUGCUUUGGCGGUUGAAGGUACUCAAAAACAUCCACAUGUUCCCUGUAUGCACCCGCAAAGAUCUUGUCAACAGCAUGGGCCAUAUACGCAAGGCCAAGCCCUUGGUCAGUUGAUAUGGAUACUCUUUGGCAGGUUCCUUAGAAAAGAAGGGUUUAGAAGAAUAUUUUUCAAAUUUCUUGAUUUUUUAUUUAGGAUAACUGUAAAUUUGUUCUGUUGGUGGAAUUGUACCUUCAGAUGGGAUUUGACCUUCCCAUCCUUCUUUCUAAUUUUAUUGAUUUCACCAAUGUUAUUUAUUCAA